AGCGCCGGGCCGCGGGCUCGGAGAGGGCGCUGCGAUGACCGCUUUGAGCAGGAGCGAGAGCGCCGUGGCGGGCAGCAACCAACAAAUGCUUGGAAAGACAGCUCCUCUGAAGAGCUCUGUGCACUUCGUAGAGAAACCAGAAAAGGUCGUCCAGGAACCUCCAGAUGACAGUCUGCACUGGCCAGAAGGCUUGAAGGGUGAAGAGAUAAAGAAGUAUGGCCGGGAAGGGACACUGUUGAGUAAAUACAACCAGCAGUACCACAAGCUGUUUAAGGAUAUCCCCUUGGAGGAGAUGGUUCUCAAAGUGUGUUCCUGUGCCCUCCAGAGGGAUCUUCUUCUCCAGGGCCGGCUCUACAUCUCCCCCAACUGGCUCUGCUUCCAUGCCAGCCUCUUUGGCAAAGACAUCAAGGUGGUCAUUCCUGUGGUAUCUGUGCAAAUGAUCAAGAAACACAAAAUGGCGAGACUCCUUCCCAAUGGACUGGCUAUCACCACCAACACAAACCAGAAGUAUAUCUUUGUGUCACUUCUUUCCCGGGACAGCGUAUAUGACAUGCUGAGGAGGGUCUGCACCCACCUACAGCCUUCCAGCAAGAAGAGUCUGAGUAUAAGAAAACUUCCAAAGGAACCUGAGUUCGAGUCUCUGGAAGUCCUUAUCCCUGAAAUGAAAUGGAGAAAAGUGUGCCCAGCUUCCACGUCCCUGUCACUUCCAGACAACAUCUCUUGUAUCCCUCGGGUACCCACGGACUCCACAGAUAACUGCUUCCCCUCCAGAAAACCUCCAGGGUCUGAGACUAUCAUCUGUGAGGAAGAGGCGUUGGAGGAGGAGACCACCAUGGACCAGGAAUUGAGGCUCUGGGAUUCCAGGCUCCUCAAAGUCAUCUUUGUGAUGAUCUGCUUCUUAGUCAUGUCCUCAUCCUAUCUGGCAUUCCGAAUCUCCCGGCUGGAACAGCAGCUAUGCUCCUUGAAUUGGGGUGGUCCACUCCCAGGGCACAGGUAACAGCCACUUGAUCUUCAUCCCCACACCUUCUCCAAGAAGAAUGCUCUAGGUGCUAAGUCUCUACCAACAAUUCCUGGGGUUUAUGGUGCUGCUGUGCUGACACUGAGUAUGAAGGAAAACAUUCUAGAUCCCUUUUCCACGCCCCUAAGUCUUCCCUCAAUGAGUGAUCUGAAAUACCUAAUUACAAAUUAACUGGCUCCUACAAUUUUUGGACUCAAAAAAGGUAGAUUUUCUUUUUUUGGAACCAAUUGAGAAAUUCUGUACACACUAAGCUUCAGCGAACACUUAUGAGGGGAAAAAAUUAACUUGUUCUUUGGAAACAAUGGUUCUGGCACACAGGCAGAGCCCUGAGGGCCACCUCCAGGGCCAAAAGGCAUGCUUUGAUACAUGGAAUGCAGCUUGAUGUCUCAUGUGUGAGUGUUGCAGGACAGUAACAGGGGCCGAACUGCAAACCACGAUGAGCUCUGCUCUCCCCCAGAAUUCUGUACUGUCACCUGGGACUCUCAGAAUCCUUAUUUUGGAGCCCAUAGGACUUUUUGGCAGGAAGCCAGGCACCUAGGGGCCUAUGAGAAGGAUGGGGUGUCAAGAAGAGAGCUCAUGGUCAAGAUUCCAGCAAGAGACAAAACUUCAUGCUCUGAGCUGAACUGAGGCUCUGGCCUGACCCUGUGUGAGGAAUCUGGCUGAGCUUGGAAAGAUGUGCCCACAUCAGAGGCUGGGGCUGAGAUUAGAGGUCCCAGAAUUCCCUUUCCUUAGCAAUCCACUUUUUGGUGAGACAGGUGACACAGAGACUUUGGUCCCUGGUACUAGGGCUAUCCCCCAUGUGCACAAGAUAGCUGUGUACUUCCUAACUGCCCAGAUGUCAGGCAUAACUAUCUGUACUUGUCAGGGAGGGUUGGCUGGACAGUGAGCAGUGAUAGUGUUGAACUACCUCAGGACAGAGUUCACUCAUGUCAUCUAUAGUCAGUAUGUUCCAGGCCACUCUGUGGGAUCCAGUCACCCUGAAUAAGAUAGAUGCAUCCAAGGUGGACCAGGUUCAUUGCAGGGACCAGGUGAAGCCUGACCUAUUUGGAGAGAAGACAGGUAGUGAUGAGAUGGGUGGACACUGAUGGUUUUGCCAUAGAGAGUCGUCCUCUGUCCAUAUUCCCCAGGACUCUCAUCUGCUAAAACAGUGCUUUUGGAAGUUCUAGAAAGACCUUUGUGAGGACAGAGAUACCAGGGAAAGGUGAUAGUGAUGGAGUGGGAUGAUAUCAGAAAUAGCCACUGUUUCCCCCUCUCUCUUGCUGAGUGGGGGGCAGGGUAGCUGGGAGAGAAAAUUAUUGCAGAACUGAUUGUCUAUCCAUGACAAAUCCAAAAACACUGGAUGGGUGGACAGUAGGUGACAACUCUUUGAGGUCUCUCAGGAGACGGUUCAGUCUUGUCUCAGGUGAAACCCAUUGUCCAUCUCGUUCCCUUCACACUGACAUAUCAGAUGAACGCCCAUCCUUUUUGUUUUGAACCAGCUCCUCUUAUCACUCUCUUCCAUCAUAUUUUCAGGGAAACAGUCCCCCUUGUCCAAGUGCUUUCCCUCCCUGGUCCCUGCUGAAAGGCAGGGAGAACAAAUCCAUUCUGAUCCUUGCUAGGUUGGACAUAAGUAGAUGUGCCAACAUGCUGGGGAACCUGGUCUCUAGCUAGACCUGGGUUUAGAAAGGGCAGGAGGCAGGCUGUAGUAUAGGUGGCUUUGGAAACAUGCUUGGGGGCCAGGGCUUGGAGUGGUGCAGGUGUACCCAUCCUUCCGGAGGCUCUUCUCCCUGCCUUUCCCCUUUGUCCCCCAUCCUGCUCCUCUGGAGCUGCUUACUGUGUGUUCUGUUGUGCUCGUGUAUAAACUUUGAGUGUUUAUACAUUCCUGCUUGAACUGGCUAAUGCCCCUCUAAUUCUCUGAGGGUUUGGUUCAACCACCCUUGGGUUGUUCCACUAUGGCCAUUAGCCUUUGAAAAAAUUUUAGAUGGGUUCAAUCCCCAGUA